AAGGUGACUGGAUGAGUUGUAUUGGAAAUGAAGAUGUCAAUCAAGCUCAAAAACUUCUACAGGCUGGAGUUCUUCCAAAUGCAGAAGAGCUAGAUAAAAUGUGUCACACAAGUGUAUUUCGGCUAAAUUCAGAUGUCAUUAUUCAAGCGUGCACUCAAAUUUGUAAGGACAUACAAUGCAAAUACGAUGAAUUUGUAGAAGAUGUCUGGCCGGGAUUGCCUGCAACAGAACCAAGAAACGAUGAUUCAGAACUAUGCACCUUUAUUGUCGUUUCGGACGAAAACAUUGACCUAAGUGAAAUCACGUACAGAUGUGUCAAAAUACCGUCCAAGCGUAACGUCGGAUCCUACAAUAAAGAAACGUAUCAUACUGCUUUUUCCCCUCGCCAGCUUAAUGAAUUAAAGAAAGUUGAAAAAAUCAUACAUGAACACGAGCAAACUUUGAUGGAUAAACAUAAAUUUCUGACAAUGAUUUCCGCUAGCCAGUACAGAUGUUCUGGCCAGACACCUAAUGUACAAAUAACAGACGGGUUCUGUAUCGUUUUGUGGGUGCAGUACAAAGGUUAUGUUCCAAUCGACGAAGAGCCAUUUAAAAAGCAGUACGGAGGAGUUGAUGUUGACGUAAGGGAAGGUUCCUUUCAUCCUUUUACAGGAGCAGCAGAUGAAUAUCAAGAUUAUUUGAAAAUGGGCUGCAAAAUAAGUGGGGAGCCGGAAGGAAAUAAAACGCCUAAGGGAACACUUGGAGGACUUAUUGAGCAUCCUAAAUACGGCUUCUGUGGCGUUACAAGCGCUCACUGUGUUUUAUCGCCUGCCGAAAUGAAAAGAUUAUCUUGCGAAAAUGGAGAGCUGAAAGCUGAAUAUCCAUCCUUUAUUCAUAUUAUUGAUGAUGAGAUCGCUUAUCGUGGCGAUGUGUAUCAACCGGAUCAAAAUGGGGGAAAGGUUGGAAGUCUUGUCAAAGCCGUGUGCCACAAAGGGAACGAAAAGACGAAUAAUGUUGGUUUGGACAUAGCUGUAUUUCGAUUUAGUGACAGAUUUCCGAAGUCUGCAGAUUUUCCAGUUAGUAAAAACGUUGAUACAUUGAAUUACACAUCUGGAAAAACGGUCGGAUUUCCACGACCAAUGGCAAGCGAAGAGGAACUCAUUAAGUUUGGUAUGAAGACAGGCUUAACUCGCGGGAAAUUGGAAUCAGAAAUAGCGCUGCUGUCAGUAAGACAAGAUUUGAGAUGGAAACACGGUCGUGGUCAGUCAAAAUAUAGAAUACACCUUAACCGUCAACUUGAGUUCAGCAAUAUAAACCAACAACAGUUUGCUGAUUUCGGUGAUUCUGGAGCACUGGUCUUUAGCCGUGGACAUAAUGGUCAGGAUUUGUUAUGUGUUGGAAUGGUUGUUGGUGGGAAGUAUGAUUAUACAGAGAAUAAAGUAUCGUGUGUUGUUACCCCGAUCACAGCCAUUUUGAAAGAACUUGACGUCACUGGGUUUAAAAACUUUGAGAGUGGUAAGUUGCAAGCCGAUGUAGGAGAGAUAAGAGCAGACGUCAGGGAUAUUAAAGAAAUGCUUACAAGACGUGGUUGGGAAUGUGAUAUUUCCUAAGGUGUUGAUUACAAAUAUGCAUAGAUAAAUACGCUAUUCAUUGCUCUGAACAGUGCGUUCAGGCUAACAAGGCUAAACAAAUCAUUAUAGAAAAGAUAAUGUCAAACCUAAUUUUGUGUGUGCGUGUGUGUGUGGUUUUGUUUUGUUUUUUUUUUUGUAUUUUUUUGUUGUUGUUUUUUUUUAACUAGUUUCUUGGUUAGCCAAAUAACAUUGUUUUGUAUUUAGAGUUUUCGUCUGAUUUGUGCAUCGAUUUUGUAUAAUUAAAAAAAAUGUAUUUUCAUGCUUUUGGUCGAUAGAGUCAAAUUCCAUUUUAAACUAACAAUUACAUUUCUCUUUAUCUCACUUUCAGGAUAUCAUUUGUGUAUUUCUCUGACAAGAAUCAAAGUGUUAUAAUCGAUAAUUAGAAAUAUUUAGACAGUUUAAAUUAUCUGCAACUGUUUCUAGGAUCAGACCUAAUAUUGUUUAGCAAUCUAUUUUAUCAAUAUAUGAAUCUAUUUAACUAGGAUGUAAAAUUAAAAUGAUCCAUUUUCGUGCUGAUAAUACGUUCUGUAAAUUUUAAUUAUUCUUUCGAUUGUAUAGACUUUAAAAAAUCGAAUUACUUUUACUUCAACAAUGAUAAAGUUUCUGCUAUGUCCAAUUGCAGUAACUACAACAUUUUAGAUUUUCAGAUCAACAUCUUUUGCGUUCAGCAAUUACCUAAGGCGAAGCAAUUAAUUCAAAGACAGGUAGACCGGUAUGCAUAGAAUGUAUGCUUUUCUGUUUUUGCUCCAUACAUCCUGAAUAAACACUGUUGUUAAAUUAGCAGCUCUAAAUAAAGAGAAAUUAAGCUUGAAAUAAAUAAACUUUCCCUCGAUAACUUUCAAUCAAGUAUGUGUAAGAUGAUCUUUUCAUUUUAAACAUUUAACUACCGAUUUUGUAACUGUAUAACUUUUUAUAAGUGUUACGUCAUCUUAUGGAGAAUUAAUAACAUCAGACUGUUAUUACACGACACAAGAUGCUUGAACGUAAUGGAGUUGUAAAGAAAUUAAUAUAUUGAAAAGAUGUUAUUAGUUUAAUUGAGCCGCUUUAUUGUUUGCUCAAAUAAGGUGCAGUUCUCAUUUCAAGUCAAACUAGCACUUUUCCACCUUUCUUAAGAACCGGUCGAUUCAUUUACAUACAUUAAACAUUUAUUAACAAGUACACAAUGAGCAAUGCAAAAAAAAUGUAACAACCAAGUAGAACAAAUAUCAAUCAAAUUACUCAUUUCAUGCUUAGAUUCAACUGUAAUACAUUAUAUGUGUGCAGAAUGAAAAUAUUUUAAAGGAAAAUGCGAUGUUGAUGAAAAAAAGAAAGGAAAAAUAUAAGAAAGUGUUGAAAAAAUAUGAAUUCGGCUUUAUUUUUUUCUUUAAAAGUAUCUUCGAUUUAUAUCUAUUAAAGAGAUAAUUGAAUUUCAGUUACAUUUUUUUUUCGACAUUUGGCCAUUUGGAAUCAUGUUAUUCUAAUUUGUUCUUCGUUAGACCUAUUUCUUUUUCCAGGGAGAUACGCAAAUAUAGGCAAUGACGAAAAUGUUUGUGUGGUAAACCUAGGUUUGGCAAAAGAAACAUUUUGCCUUUUAUGAAUAUCUUUAUG